AGGUCUUUGCAUAUGCGGGAAGAGAAAAAGAGAGAGAGAGACAGAGAGAGAGACAGAGAUCAUGAUUCAGUACCAGCGUUACAGUACAGAUGUAUAUGUUUGACUCUGAUCAGUCACAUGGUCCAUUUCUCCCACCUUACGCAUCGAUCACAGCUCUCUGUGCAACUCCAGUGAACCGUGUGCUGCUUGGCUCAAGGGCAGUCAUCCCAUUGUGGUGAAGUAAACACGCUGAGCUCCAACCGUGAGGAAGAAGAGCAUCGCCUUUGCGCUUACACACACGCACGCACACACACUCGUUCCUUUCAUUUUGUGAUACAAGAGGCUGUGCAACAAUAGCCGGCACGGACAGUGUGCGCUCUGGAGGAGGAGUCGAUGCACCGGUGCAAUGACGACGGGCAAAUCUGUGAAAGACAUUGACAGAUACCAGGCUGUCCUCAACUCUUUGUUGGCCCAGGAGGAGAAUAAAUACUGCGCUGACUGUGAAUCGAAAGGUCCAAGAUGGGCGUCCUGGAAUUUGGGCAUUUUCAUUUGUAUACGCUGUGCCGGAAUCCAUCGAAACCUGGGAGUUCACAUCUCCAAGGUCAAAUCUGUGAACCUGGAUGAGUGGACACAGGAGCAGGUUCAGUGCGUUCAGGAAAUGGGAAAUGCCAAGGCCAAACGUCUUUACGAGGCCUUCUUACCUGAGUGCUUCCAGCGCCCUGAGACGGACCAGUCCGCAGAGGUCUUUAUUCGGGACAAGUACGAUAAGAAGAAAUACAUGGACAAGGUCAUUGACAUCCAGAUGCUCAGAAAGGAAAAGAGCUGCGAAAAUAUACCCAAGGAACCGGUCGUGUUUGAGAAGAUGAAACUGAAAAAAGAGAUCAGCCCAAAGACGGACUCCCAGGCUGUGACAGAUCUGCUGGGUUUAGAUGCCCCGGCUCCAAGUCCUGUGGUGUCUAAUGGUGGUGAAUGUGUACCACACGGUAACCAGAGCCCAGCUGUGCCCCCUCAGGCACACUCUGGCCUGGAUCUGUUCAGCUCUAUGCCAAAUUCCUCCUCUGAAUCAACGUCCGUCUCCAGCUUCAUGCCUCAAAGCAGAGUGACUGCAUCUGUGCCUGAAAAUCUCAGCCUGUUCCUGGAUUCAGCGCCUAAAGCAGGAGAAGGCACUGUCAAGAAACUGUCCAAGGACUCGAUUCUGUCUCUGUAUGCUUCCACCCCCUCAGUGCACGCUAGCAGUCUGGCUACUCACGGUUUGUACAUGAACCAGAUGGGAUUCCCAACACACCCCUAUGGCUCCUACCACUCUUUAGCCCAAAUGGGUGGUAUGGGCGGUGCCAGGAUGACAUCACAGAUGGCAAUGGUGGGACAGCAACAGGCCAGCAUGAUGGGGGCUCAACCAAACAGUAUGAUGGGUGCACAGGGUGUCAUGGCUCAGCCCGGCAGCAUGGUGGGGCCAGCCUACAUGGCAGGGGUGGCCCAGGGCAUGAUGGGACUGCAGCAAAGUGGAAUGAUGGCCCAUCAACAAAACGGGGUCAUGGGACAGCAGCACCUUGGGAUCAUGGGGCAGCAGCAGGUUGGGGGUGUAGCCUCAGUACCGCAUCAGCAGGUGUACGGAGCGCAGCAAACGCAGCAGCUACAGUGGAACACCGCUCAGAUGUCUCAGCAGAUGGCUGGAGCCAACAUGUACAACACCAAUAGCAUGAGGGGUUACAGCAGUCAACAAAUGGGUAGUUCAGCAGCCCCUAGUUCAUCCCAUACGUCAGCACAUGUCUGGAAAUGAACUUUUUUUUCCCAGCGAGUCGGGUUUCAACAAUGAUGAUGAACAGAGAGUUGUAGGAAUCUGUGAAUUAGACUAUAUUGACUACUACCUCUCUCUCUCCCUCUCUCUCUCUCUCUCUCUCUUCUCUAAGCUCAUGCUUCCUUCUCUUGUCUCAUAAUUGACCAGAUUUCCAUGCUUGCCUUUAGAACACUCUGGUAAAUGGACCAAGACAGCAGGGUUUAGAGGCAAGUGUAACACUUUUGCCUUUGCGUCCUGCUGUAUGUCAGACUAUAAUUGUAGACAGAUGGUUUAGAGGAAUGUUAACUACCUGAUCACAAUAAGCUUUUCUUUCAAGUCAGUAAAACCCACUGAUACAUUUGGUUUUUAAUCCUCCCAAAAGUGCUGUCACAAUUAGUUCAUCCUAGCUUACCUUCAACAGUGUUGGCUAAUUCCAUUUGAACUUCAAUGGAACUGUUAGUAGGCCGAGCCCAAAGUCACUCUUACUGCUGUUUCAUCAGCAACUUUGCACAGUGUGUUCACUGUAAAAAGCAACGAUGAGAAGGGAGUGUUUAAUUAUUAAAAGCUGUUCCCAACAUUUCUUUACAUUUACAAACAGUCCCUUUCUAAACAGAAACCAACAGUUUUAUUACUUGCAUAUUUCAAUUUGUAAUGCUCAUCUUAGCGUAGUGGACCAUGUUUAUCAAAAACAUUUAUUACAGACACCUACUGUUUGUAUUUUCCACCGGUUAAUAAUGCAGACAAUUAAAAAAUACAUACAGAGGGGGCAGGAGUCCAGCAGAUGGAAACAAUAUGUGACCAUGAUGAGGAAGAAUUUAUAGAUAAAUUGUUUAAUUAGACAGUAGAUGUUUUGCCAGAUUUAAGCUAAAUAAAAAUAACUUAAUGCCUCCUAAAUACUAUCAUAAAACAUUCAAAUCCUUUAUGGUAAGUUGGUAUCAGUUCUACCAUAUUCACUGAACUACUCAAUUUAUAGCACAGUUGUUUUGGAGUCAUAACUUAUUUAACCUUUACAUCAGAAGGCCUGAUUUAGAUUUUGGUAAACCAAAGAUUAGCCCUAGCUUUCUUACGGCUGUUCAACUGUAUGGUCUCCCAAGUAGUGAGAAAUAGAACCCAUUCAUUUAGCUCUCCUGCAGUAAUAGGUUUGAUUAUCCCUGCUUCUGAAAUUCACUGUGUAACUUCCUCAGCUGCAGUGAGGCACCUCACACUCCUUAAGUCCAGAGUCUGCCUUAUACAACAGAGGCAUCUGCGCUUUUUUUUUUUUUUUUUUUAAUGUUUGCCAGUGGAAGAAAUAAUGGAGAGCGAUUUAAUGAGAAAAGAGAGUAGAGUUGCUCAAAGGCGCAAAGUAGUCAUGUUUCAAAAGCUUCCACUGAAUUGCAUGUAAAGAAUGUUUAGCCUUUUGUGAUUUGAUUGUAUGUACAGUACAACACACGGAUUCUGCUCAUUCAGAUGUGAGAAAGUGUCUCAGGACUGAGGUUUCUCUCUGCAGUACAUAUCCUUUACCGUUGGCCCUGGCCAACAGGAAGCUUAAUGAAUGUGUGUACUGAAUGUGUUCACCGUUGUGCUGGACUUGUUUUGAUAUAUACACACACACACCUGAGUCUCCUUGUUAUUAACCUUCUCGUGUUAUGUGCACUUUGUCUUAUGAAUGCUCUGGGGUCAACUGUCUGCUUACGGUCAGGUUGCAGUUAUGGGUUUACUCUAAAUGUAUUACAUUUCUGUCUGAUAUAUGUUCAGAUCAUUUUUAGCCAGACGUGUGGAAGGAACAUAAUGCCUUUAAAAUAUACUACCUUUACAACGUGAUGUUAGCUGAGAAUUAGCCUAAUAAACCUAAGCAUAUAGCUAAAAGACAUUGGAAAGAGUUUUGAGUUUUGAAAGAGUCAGAAAAAAGUGUCUAAAUCAGGAGAAAUUUAAAAAAAAAAAUUAAAAAAGCAGAUAAUGACAAGGACAAUAUGUUAAAGAAAACUAAUCUCACACAAAUAAUGAGAAAAAAAAUAAAAAUACAGCAGAAAUAGCUACUAAUUGGACAUAAAUAAUAAAAAUAAAUAGUUAAAUAUUAUAUAUUUGUGAAACAGCUGACAAUACAGCAACAUGAAUAAAUGGAAGUAGGAAAGAAACUAGCUGAAAACUUAGGAGAAAAUUAAAUACAAAUACCCUAUAACUUAUUACAAAAAAAAAAUCAAUUGCCCAUAAAAGUUAUUAUAAGGCCAAAACACAAAACAAGUGCCAGAACUGGCCAAACCAACAAACUACAGUCAAACCCAUGUUAAGCCUCAUGAAUGACAUGAACACGUGGGAGUCAACGUUCAUCCGUACCUCCACCAGAACAACCAGAGGUGUUUCUCCUGCCACAUCUCCUUUUUUAGACCAACUCUCCAUUCCAAUUACUUUGUAACUAGUUUUUUUAUAAAAAACAAAAAUGCAUGCAGCCAUUAUUGUAAAUUGUAAAAGAAGCACUUUUGUGAUGUGAAGAACGGGAUGAGAAAGUAAAUAGCAUUAAAGGCUACAUUGACAACAUAGCAGUCAGUUUUUCUGCACCGUCACAGCUCAGAGAAGCUGUCUCCAUUUUCUACACCUAUUUUCCUCAUUUCUUUCAAAUAUAGUGGCAGCUGAAGCAGCACUCUGACAGCAGCAGCCUCACCUUCUCUGCUGAGACCAACAUGUCAACUCUGCAUCGUAGAAGCACAACUGUACACUUUCACUCAGACUUUCCUAGAGAGGAAGUAAAGGUUGACACCUGUGAGGAGGAAGGUUUUAACCUCAGCCACUUUCUAAUUUGUCACUAACCUUGCGUUGCACGUAGUCAUUUUUUUUUUCUCUUUGUCUGGCAUACUCUGUAAAAUCUUUGCAAAUAAAUGUAUAUAUUUUUUGUUUUACUGGA